AUGGUGUAUAUAUGUAUGACAGCAUCAAAAGUAAUAAAAAAAUACUACUACACCUAUGGAUGUCCAAAUUUUCUUGGAAUAUGUUUCAGGAGUUACCUAAACUGUGAUACUACGAGUAAAAGGUUAUUUCAAACAAAACGAAAAGCUCGCUCAUUUAGAAGUCGAAACAAUUUAGAACUACGAAACGAUGCAGAUUUGCAAGCGGAGCUGAUCCCCCAAGAGUUGAACACCCAAUUCGUGCCCGAAAAGUCACAACCUAAGGGUUUUCCAUGGCACGCCAUACUACCUGUAGCGCCUCGAUCCCGUAGAAAUACUCAUGAUGUAUCUACAGUUGAUGCAAAUGCUCAGGAAGUACAAGCCUCAACGGGAUUGUCGCAAAAUUUCAAAAUGUACACCCGCGUGGCAUCUUGCGUAGCGCUCGUUGUAGCCGCUGUUAUAGAAAUUGCGCUUUAUAUACUUGAAUUAUAUAAAUAA